AUGCCGCCUGCACCUGGCACCACGCUGGUUUUCAAUAGUGCAUUUUGGUAUUUGAUCAAGUAUGUCUUAGGCAAGAAGUCUCUUCACAACUGUAAAUUUGCCUUCAGAUCUUUCACUUUGGAUUUUGAUGACACUGUGUUUUCUGAAGAUGACACUUUGUUUUCAGAUAACUUUGAGAAGAAUAAUUCCCUUAGUAGCUUGCAAAACCAAAUUCCCACUCCUGAAGAAGAAGCAGCAGCUCUUAAACUUCAAGCUAUCUGGAGAAUGACCUAUGUUAAGAAAGUACUAAAGAGCAGAAAACCAGGUACUAAAGAAAAUGCUAAUGUCAAAGAAACCUUGCAAAAACUGUGGGCUGCAAUUGAGUUAAAUUUUGAAGAGUGUGCUGUAAUGCUGUUAAGAGAAAUAUUUAGAAGAAACUGUAAAUCAAUUGAGAAGUUUCCUUGCUAUGAAGAUGAGUGGUGUAAGAUGUCUUUUGCUGACUAUGCUGUAAUGUAUGCUGAUCAGCCACCAAAUAUGUGGUUUGUGGUUUUCAGAGAAAUAUUUCAUGUUCCAGAAGAUAUGCUUAUAGUGCCAAAGGUGUAUACCACUCUCCGUUCCUGUAGACUUCAUGUCAUUGAUAACGACACACUUGAGGAAAUGCCACAUGUCUUUUUCAAAGUAGCACCUCAUGUUUAUCCCAAAAAUAAGAAAGGAUACACAUUUAUGGCUGAAGCACAUACUGGUGACCUACCUGUGGCAGCUGGAAGAUGGAGGCUUCGGCUCAUCGGUUCUCAUAGUCCACUCCCAUUUCUCUCUCGUGAGGCUGUAAAUAAUGUCUAUUCUACUAAAGAAAUUAGAGAGUUUUACAUACCCAAUGACCAGCAUGUAAUGUUCAGGUAUGCAGUAAAAGUCACAGCAUCACAUAUUGCUACAGUGCAGGUACAAACCUCUAUAUCAGAUGUGUUCCUUAAACUACAAGUCCUAGAUAAUGAGGAAGAAAUAGUGAGUGUCACUGGAAAGGGCCAUGCAGUCAUCCCUGCUUUUAAUUUCUUGAGUAAUGAAACGCUUUCAAGUUCCCACUCAAGCAAAACCCAGAUUCUUCAAAGCAAUACAAAGAAGGAUCCAGAAAUUGGAGGAUCAAAAAAAAAAAGUCAAAUUUUAUCUUCAAAGGACUUCAAAACUUAUUUCAAGCCAGGACCUGUACGACAAGGUCCACCUAUAUUUGAAGAUGAAUCUUCCCUCUUGGAAAACUUUCAAAAUAAUGAUAGAAGUCCGCAACAAUCUCACAAGUUUAUCAUACAAGCAUUGGUGUUGUAUAAUAGCUGGCCACUUACUGAGAGUCAGUCUCUGUUUGUUCAGGAACUGAAAGAAAUAGAGAAAAAUGAAAUGAAAGUAUAUGGGGAAAAGCAUGAGGAGCAUACCUUUCCCCUAAUGCGUAAUCAUUUUGAAGGACAAAAGUCUGCAAGUGUUCAUAAACCAAACAAAAAAUCAAAGGAAAAAGCAUCUGAGAAGACAGAAAAAGAGAAGUACAAUAAAGAAAGAGGAUCAAUCAUAUCUUUUGGAUCUCGACCUGAAUCUCAGCAAGCUGUUUCAAACCAACCUUACUGGACUUUACGUCUAGUGAGUGAACAGAGAGAGGCAGACAUUCUGGAGGUAAAGAAAGACACUCAGCGAGUAGAUGAGAUCAAAGCCUUGAAACAAGCAUGGGAGUCUGCAGACCCAGGAAGAGCUAUUAAGGCUUUUCAGGAGCGCAUGCAGUUUGUUAAUAAGUAUGCUGUGAGAGAUUCAGAGGACCCCAUAGCUGGGACUGAGACUGCCAGUUUAACACCGAGUUCAGGAGAAAGAGGUAAGGACUGCCUUACCACAGGAAAGAAAGCAUCACAGGCAGCUAUUGACUCAAGCUUACAAACACAGCAAAAAAAAUGGGAACCUAUGGACCUUAGUCCUUACAUAAGAAAAAUGUCUGAGUCUGUGCUAAGAAAUGAGUCUAUCAGUCAACAUCAAAAGAGAGGAAAAGCAGAAAAAAUGAACCAUUUUAGAGAACUUCGAGAGCUGGCUUUGGAACAAAGAGAAAAGGAAAAAAAUGCCAGAGCUUUACUGAAGCAAAAUAUACUUGAAAUGUAUGAGAAUCUGCAGGCAUCCUUAGAUGAAGCACGAGGCAGAAUUCAGAGCAUUCAGGAAGCAGCCAGAAAUAAGCUGCUAGAGGUUGAGCGCAGAAAACAAGAAGAACUGGCAACUUGUGAAGCAGUCCUGCAAGCAGAGCAAGAGAGGAAAAGCCCAACUGCAAAUAAAAAAAAGCCCGGAAAAGGCUUAGGAAAAAAGAAGUAA